AUGGUAACCUGUGUACCGGCCUCAGAGCAAAUCAGUUGUGCCGAAGGAGAUCCUCAAGUUUAUUGCCCUGAAAAUACUGGGGACACUAAGGCUGUGCGGGUUACUGACUGCGGGAGCCCUGAGGACAGUGGACGCCAGAAUGAGCCAGGCUACUGCAAUUCAGAGGACUCUGGGCAGCUGAUGGCCUCCUACGAGGGUAAUGCUAGGGGCUACCAGGUGCCUUCUUUUGGCUGGCGGAUCUGCUUGGCUCAUGAGUUUGCAGAGAAGAGGAAACCCUUUCAAGCUAACAACGUCUCUCUAAGCAACUUGGUAAAGCAUUUCGGUAUGGGCUUGAGGUACUUGAAGUGGUGGUACCGGAAGACCCAGGUGGAAAAGAAGACCCCUUUCAUCGACAUGUUCAAUUCUGUACCCCUGAGACAGAUCUAUGGUUGUCCCUUGGGUGGCAUUGGAGGAGGCACUAUCACCCGGGGCUGGAGAGGCCAGUUUUGUCGUUGGCAACUUAAUCCUGGAAUGUACCAGCACCAGACAGUCAUUGCGGACCAAUUUACAGUAUGCUUGCGCCGAGAUGGGCGGACUGUGUAUCAGCAAGUUCUGUCCCUGGAGCGUCCAAGUGUCCUGCGCAGCUGGAACUGGGGCCUGUGUGGUCACUUUGCUUUCUACCAUGCCCUUUACCCCCGAGCCUGGACAGUCUAUCAGCUUCCUGGGCAGAAAGUCACUCUCACCUGCCGCCAGAUCACACCUAUCUUGCCCCAUGACUACCAGGACAGCUGCCUCCCUGUAGGAGUCUUUGUGUGGGAUGUAGAAAACGAAGGAGACGAGACUCUGGAUGUGUCUAUCAUGUUCUCUAUGCGGAACGGACUAGGGGGUGAAGAUGAUGCCGCAGGAGGGCUAUGGAAUGAGCCCUUCUGUCUGCAGCGGGAUGGGAAGACCGUGCAGGGGCUACUCCUGCAUCAUCCAACCGCCCCGAAUCCCUACACCAUGGCUGUGGCUGCACGAUGCACGGCAGACGCCACCGUAACCCACAUUACAGCCUUUGACCCUGACAGCACUGGGCAGCAGGUGUGGCAGGACCUACUUCAGGAUGGACAGCUGGACUCCCCUGCUGGCCAGAGCACCCCCUCGCAGAAAGGAGAGGGUGUCGCUGGGGCUGUAUGUAUCUCCAGCGAGCUGCCACCGCGAGGCCGGUGCUGCCUGGAGUUUUCACUGGCUUGGGAUAUGCCUAGGAUCAUGUUUGGAGCUAAGGGCCAAGUCCACUACAGGCGAUAUACACGGUUCUUUGGUUCAGACGGCGAUGUGGCACCUGCCCUUAGCCACUACGCGCUGUGCCAGUAUGCAGACUGGGAGAAGAGAAUCUCAGCGUGGCAGAGCCCAGUAUUGGAUGACAGAUCCCUGCCUGCCUGGUACAAAUCUGCACUGUUCAAUGAAUUAUACUUCCUGGCUGAUGGAGGCACAGUAUGGCUGGAAGUUCCUGAAGACUCUCUACCGGAGGAGCUGGGAGGGAGCAUGUAUCAGCUCCGCCCCAUUCUGCAGGACUAUGGGCGAUUUGGCUAUCUUGAGGGCCAGGAGUACCGCAUGUACAACACGUACGACGUCCACUUUUAUGCCUCUUUUGCUCUCGUCAUGCUGUGGCCCAAACUUGAACUCAGUCUACAGUAUGAUAUGGCUCUGGCAACUUUCAAGGAGGACCUGACAAGGCGACGGUACCUGAUGAGUGGAGCGGUGGCACCUGUGAAGAGGAAGAACGUUAUCCCUCAUGACAUCGGGGACCCAGAUGACGAGCCAUGGCUCCGGGUCAAUGCCUAUUUGAUUCAUGACACUGCCGACUGGAAGGACUUGAACCUGAAGUUUGUGCUGCAAGUUUAUCGGGACUAUUACCUGACAGGUGACCAAGGCUUCCUGAAGGACAUGUGGCCUGUGUGUCUGGCUGUGAUGGAGUCUGAAAUGAAGUUUGAUAAGGACCAGGAUGGACUCAUUGAGAACGGAGGCUAUGCAGACCAGACCUAUGAUGGAUGGGUCGCCACAGGCCCCAGUGCUUACUGUGGAGGGCUGUGGCUGGCUGCUGUGGCUGUGAUGGUUCAGAUGGCUGUUCUGUGUGGGGCCCAGGAUGUCCGGGAUAAGUUUUCUUCCAUUCUCUGCCGAGGCCGAGAAGCUUAUGAGAGACUGCUCUGGAACGGCCGCUAUUACAACUACGACAGCAGCUCCCAGCCUCAGUCCCGUAGUGUCAUGUCUGACCAGUGUGCUGGGCAGUGGUUUCUGAGGGCCUGCGGCCUGGGAGAAGGAGACACUGAGGUAUUUCCUACCCUGCACGUGGUCCGUGCUCUCCAAACCAUCUUCGAGCUCAAUGUCCAGGCCUUUGCAGGAGGAGCUAUGGGGGCUGUGAAUGGGAUGCAGCCUCAUGGUGUUCCCGACAGAUCCAGUGUGCAGUCUGAUGAAGUCUGGGUGGGUGUGGUCUACGGGCUGGCAGCCACCAUGAUCCAAGAGGGUCUGACUUGGGAAGGUUUCCGAACAGCUGAAGGCUGUUACCGCACCGUAUGGGAACGUCUGGGCCUGGCUUUCCAGACCCCAGAGGCUUACUGCCAGCAGCGAGUGUUCCGCUCACUGGCCUACAUGCGGCCACUGAGCAUCUGGGCCAUGCAGCUGGCCCUGCAACAGCAGCAGCAUAAAAAGGGUAGCAGGCCAGUCGUCACACAGGGCGUAGGACUAAGCACAGAGACUGAGUAUGGACCAAAGAAAUCUUGGAUAAACCUAAGUCCAGAGUGAUCCCUCUGAACUGUGGAAGCCCAGCACCCACACUGGUCUCUCCUCCUUCCUCCCACAACUCCUGCAGCCCUGAGCCACUAGGACAAUCAUGCCCCUUCCCUUCUUCCUACCCAACUGUGCCAGUAAGAAGGGGCUGAAGAACCACUUAUUUAUUUCUUACCCUACCCGUUCCUUCUGUGGAUGAAAUAGUCAAGGCCAGUAAAUUUCUCCAAGUCUAUUCAUGGAACAACAGAUACACAUAGGCAUAAAUAAAAGACCCAUAAAUCUA